AUGAUUCCACUACGGACCACAAUCGCUCUGCUGCUCCUCGUAGCGGUGACGGCAUCUCUUAUCACCGGCGCCCUAGCCGUGGCUUCGACUACUUUCAUCAAACUGAACUGUGAAACGAAAAAUCGAGUGUGCUACCUGAAGAACAUCUACGCAACCGAGGACGACCGCUUCAAGGAUGUGUACAAUGCCGAGCAUAGCGAUAUCAUCGAGUUUUUCGACUGUCACAUUCACACGCUGCCGAAGAUUCCGUUCAUCAAAUCGGUCGAAGCGAAAGGCAUCAACUUGGUGAAGGUGGUUGAGAACACUUUUUCGACCAUCCAGCAUCUGGAUGUGUCGUACAACCGGCUGAGGGAUAUUUCAACGAAGGCUUUCGAAUGGCCCGCAGAACUUCAGACGCUGGUAGCUAGCGGGAACCCAUUGUUGAAGGAUUUGAGCUUUCUGAAGGCACUUAUUGGAUUGAUGGAUCUGCAGUUGUCGGAUAUGAAGCUGGAUUUGGAUUUCAUUGAUGUGGAUAUUUUUUCAGGGAUGAAGCUUCUGAAAACGUUGACUAUGAGUAAUAACAAGAUCGUGACCGUUCCUGUUGGGAUAUUCAACAAGUUGGAGUCUUUGGAAAAACUGGAUCUGAGUAAGAACUACAUUUCGAGAAUAUCUUCGGGGGCGUUUAUCAUAAACUUCCGAACGAUUGAUCCGGAAAUCGAACAGCGUCAUCAAUUGACGAUCAAUUUGGCCAGCAAUAAUAUUUCUAUUAUCGAGAAGGAAGCAUUCAUGAUCGUAGAUAUGGUUGAUUUAAGCGAUAAUAAAUUGAUCGGAAUCAGCCCCACGGCCUUCUACAACAAGUCGGAACUGGGAACACUGAUUCUCUCCAACAACAGACAGCUGAAGAAUUUCAACUUCCUAAAAAGCCUGCCAUCUCUGCAUACUCUUACCAUGGCCCAUAUGAAUUUCACUUUCAAUGGCAUCCCACUGGACAUUUUCAGCGAGUUGGAUCUUCUCACAACGCUGGAUCUAUCGUUCAACGAUAUUUCGCAGCUGCCCAUCGGGAUAUUUUCCGAUCUCUCAUCGUUGAAUUUCAUCAAUCUACGCCACAACCGGAUCUCUCACGUCGAAUUUGGGACCUUCUCCAUCCGCAAGUACGACCUCAUCGAUGAAAUUGAUCUAUCCUACAACGACAUCACCGACGUCAACUACCUGGUUUUCGUACCCUUCAAGUAUCUCCGCACGUUGCUGCUCCACGGAAACCAAAUCACCUACGUCAACGCCAACCACCUGAAGCGGAACAAAAGUCUCCAGAACUUUGGCAUCCAACACAAUCCGAUCCGUUGCUCGGACCUGAUCGACCUGCUGGCCAUCUUCAAGCUGGUUCUCGAUGGAAGAGAAUUUGUCGCCCAUGAACCCAAUAUAGAUGGAAUUAAGUGUAACCCUUGAACAA